AGGACGGACGGACGGGCGGGCAGCAGCGGCGGCGGCGGCGGCGGAGGCAUCAGCAUGCCCGGCGGGGCGAGCGCCUCCAUCUUGCGCUGCCCCCGGACGGAGGCAGCCAGAGGGUCCAGCCCAGCCCCAUUGGGAGAAAGCAGCAUGGAGAGCAGCGGGUGCCCGGAUGCCCACUAGGUCUGGCCAGCUUGUCUAGGUCUGAGGCAGCACGAUGGCUUCGGUUGUGGAGCUCACGGACAACAGCCAUUCCAGUUCCCUUCUGAUCCAGUUGAACGAGCAGCGGCUGCGCGGACAGUUCUGCGACAUCACCAUCAUCGCCGAAGACACCAAGUUCAAGGCCCAUAAAAAUAUCCUCGCAGCCUCCAGCCCGUACUUCAAGGAGGUCCUCUCCGAGGAAUCGGUGUGUCGCCAGCCGAGCCAGAUCCUGGAGCUUCCUGACAUCCAGGCUAAAGUCUUCUCGGACAUCUUGAACUUCAUUUAUAAUUCUCGGCUCUCGGUGCCCAGUCCGGCAGUUGCCAAGGAGAUUGGGGCGGUAGGCCGACGGCUGGGCAUCUCCCGCUUGGAGAACCUGGAUGACCCCUUGGCAGAGGUCAAGAUGGACAGUCCCAGCAUGGCCUCCGCUCGAGGGUGUGGUUCACCCAUUGACCUCACCUGCCCUUCCCGUUCCGCGGAGCCUUCCAGCCCUGUUUGCUUGCAGGAUUUGACCAAAGCGUACAGCCCCAGGCAGGACUCCCGCCCUGACUCCGAAACCGAAACCGCCAAGAUCCUUUACAACCUGAGCUCCGUCGCGACCGUACCACCCUCCGCCUCUUCUGAUCUGACCUUUAUGCUGAAGGAAACAGUCGGUUGGGACCAUAACCUCUCUGGGACUCCUCCUGUCACUUCAGUCAACACCAACGAUGGGGUGCCGGCAUCAACCUCUUCUUCCUCACCCUCGUCCCCAUCCGGGGCUUCCUACCCAUCCAGCAGCACUUUCUGCUGCGGAAGCUGCAACCGUUCUUUCACGACGUCUUCGGCCCUCAGCCUCCACAUGAAGCUCCACCGGACACGGCGCUCGCUCUCCUGUCGCCACUGCGGCAAAAGUUUCAUCCACAUCAAGCGGCUGCAGACGCACGAAGUCUUAUGCAAGGAGGUGGAGAAACCCAAGGAGGGCGCCACUGCAGACAAGGCACCAGCCAGCCCAGAGUUACCUUCCAAGCCGACAGUAGCAGCGGCAUCUUCCAAAAAGGGUAUACUUUUCCGCCACCGGGGCCCCCCACGAGUGGAUUAUCUCUCCGACCAAGACCAUUUUGUCAAAGUCGUCGACGGGCACAUCAUCUACUUCUGCACCGUCUGCGAGCGGUCCUACAUGACCCUUUCCAGCCUCAAGCGUCACUCCAAUGUUCAUUCCUGGCGCCGGAAGUAUCCGUGCCGCUACUGUGACAAGGUGUUCGCCUUGGCCGAAUACCGCACCAAGCACGAGGUCUGGCACACGGGGGAACGUCGCUACCAGUGCAUCUUCUGCUGGGAGACUUUUGUGACUUAUUACAACCUGAAGACUCAUCAGAAGGCCUUCCACGGCAUCAAUCCCGGCCUCAUAUCCUCCGAGAAGACCCCCAACGGGGGUUACAAGCCGAAACUGAACGCGUUGAAACUCUACCGCCUGUUACCCAUGCGCUCCCAAAAGAGGCCAUAUAAAACGUACAGUCAGGCGGUGGUGCCCGAGGACCUGCUGCAUCCAACUCACGCCAUCCCCAUGACGCUGGGGGAGGGUGACUCCUUGGAUGGAAACUUGGUCUCCUCCUUGAGCGCUAGCGACGUGGCUUCUGUGUUCACCGCCAAGAAUGCCUCUUUAGAAUUGCCAGAGGCGGAACAGGAGCACCAGCAGGAAAGCACGAGCACCCAAGACACGUCUGUCCUUCCGGCUACCGGUGAGGAGGCCCAGCUGGGCAAGCCGCCCCGGUCUUUGAGCACAGAGGCUCCCACCGUCAUUGCCUACGGGCACCCCACCUCUUCUGUGAUCGUUCAUAGCACCUCGGUGAAAGCCCAAGCUCCUUCCGUGAUCACGUACAACAGCACAUCAUCCAGCGCCCCGUUGAACAUGGGGACUCCACCGUCCCAGUUGGCCCCUUCUCCGGUUGUAACCAAACCCAUUAAGAAGCAGGUCCUGAGGGAAUACAUUCAGUCCCAGAAGAUGGAGGAGCAGGCUUCAGAAGAGGACAGCAGCGAGAAAGGGUUCAAGGCGAGGGGAUCACGAUCUGGGCGUACCAUGACUUACAUGGCUAAACCAGCCUGUGUGGGAGCCACCUCCGAAAGCCGAGCGGCUCCACUCUGCCAGAUCACAGUACGCAUCGGCGAGGAAGCCAUCGUCAAGCGGCGGAUCUCCGAAACAGACCUCAUGCUCGACAAGAGCAGCCGGGUGGGAGGCAGACGCCUGGAUUUUGGCCGCGAUCAGAGCGGUGAGAAACCGCACCACUCCCUGUUGCCUCCAACGCUCCACAGCAAGCAUGCCGACAGGGUGUUUGCGAACGAGAGUGGCGAGGAGGACAGCGACCACGGAGACACGGAAGACCAACUUUGGCGCCCCUACUACAGCUAUAAACCCAAAAGAAAGGCCGGCGGUGGAGCCGGCAGCAGCGCCGGCAACGCCCUGCCGAAGAUGAAAAAGUCACGGUGGCGACACAAGCUGCGUUCCCUGCGCUGGAUGAAGCGGUCGGAGGAAACCAAGGAGGGAAGCCGAGCGGGACCCCACCGUCCAGGGUCUGCUGAAGUAUCUGGGGGACAGGGAGCUGCCUCCGACCGGGAGGAGAUGGAUCAGCCGAUCAAAGUGGGAGGCGGGCGGGGCACCGAAUGGAAGCAUGAAUGUGGCAUUUGCGGCAAACUUUUCUCAGCCCUCAAGAAACUGAGGAAGCACGAACGGGUACACGCACGCCUCACCAAGGAUGACCAGGCCCUGGCGGUUUUGACAGCCACCCCCCACCGCGUGGGCCGCAAGCCUCUGGUGAAGUUUGCCUGUGCCCACUGCACAAAGGUCUGCAAGACCGCGGCGGCCCUGAGUCGCCACAUGAAACGGCACGAGGGCCAAGAGGAGGUCCCCCUGCCAGUGCUUACCACGGUCAUUGCUUAUUCUAAGAAGGCCACUGACGUGCCCCUGGCCACCCCACCACCAGUGGUCAAGGAGGAGACCACCCAGGAGAUGCAGGUGUCUUCUUCCAGUGGGGAGGCGCCCGGAGGCCAGCCAGAGGUUCCCGAGGAGGGCUGUGUGGAAAUGGAGCCCUGCAACGGGCAUACGCUGGCCCCUCUGCCCGAAGACGAAAACCUGGCACAGCAAGGGACAGACAAGUCCCUUUUCCACGAGGAGAUGCCCGCCCGCUCGCCACCGCUACAGGCCACCACUACCACCACUAGCCUUGCCGAUCUGGCCCCAGAUCUGCCCCAUUCUCUUCAAGAUCCCGUCAUCUCUCACACAGGCCUGGUUCAGAAAGAGAUCCUGGCAUCCCAGGAGAUGGAAGGCGACCGAUACCCAGUCCAGGAGUACCCCUUACCGCUGCUGGUGCCCGGGAGUUGCCGGAGCAGAAAGGAUGUGGAAGACAAGCCCUCGUUCCUGGCUUAUCCCAGCGCCAUCCAGUUCAACGCCGUCAGCAAAGCCGGGAGCAGCAGCGGAGAUGGCAAAGUCAGCUUCUACCCUGACCCCUACCCGCUGAUGUACGGGCACCAGCUGCUGGCCGCCUACCCGUACAAUUUCACCCUGCCGGUGGCUUUGAACAUGGUCAUCCCGGACGACAAGGGUCAGCCCUUGCCUUUCCUGCCCAACGUCUUCAGCUAUGCGAUGAACCCUUGCCGGGGCGUGGUGGGGCACGAGGGGGCCCCGGUACCCCACGGGGGUCUGGGGAUGGGCAGUUCAGCUCGGGAGAGCAGAGGAGAGCCCGCGGUGCCUGAGAGGCUGAAGAAAGGCGGGCUCCUUUGAAGGGCCGUCCAUCCGUCAUUCCGACGGGGCAGGAAAGGGGGCACCGGAUUACCGUGGAAGAAAGGCAAGACGGGAGAUUGGCCGACCUCCACCCCUCUUCGGUUCUGAGAAGAGGGGGGGGUUGUGUGCUUAUGAGAACCGGUGGGGGGUGGGUGAGUGCGGAGGGCCCCCAAAACGGGGGCAGGUAGACGAGACCCCUCCCCCUUCCUAUCAGUGGCAUUUCGCAUGGGACCGUGUCGUAGAGAAGACUUCUUUAAAAAAAAUAGCAAAAAUAGGUACAGGGUACCCUCUUUUUCUCCCCCCCCCCCCACUCCCACACGCCUGGUUCCUAAACCCCCCUAUGAAUUUUGUUUGUAGACACAAAUAAGAGUGAAUUUGCACAAGGAACCGUUCUUCACCCUUCUGACUCCACCCACCCACCCACCCCUGUCCCCAGGGCUAUUUCCGGCCUGUUUUUCUUCGGCUCCUGACCCCUUUUUGCCCCCUCCUCUGUACUUUUGCUGCUGGGAGGAGGGCAGACUAGUUUGAAAGAAGUAGCCUCUUUAAUGUAGCUCCUCCCCACUACUGUUGGGGUAUCUGCAGACCUCUCCCCUUCCCCUUCUACUGUUGGGAUGUCUGCAGAUCCUUCCUCUCCCCUCUACUGUUGGGAUGUCUGCAGAUCCUUCCUCUUCCCCUCCACCCUGCUGUUGGGGUGUCUGCAGAUCCUUUCUCUCCCCUCUACUGUUGGGAUGUCUGCAGAUCCUUCCUCUCUCCUCUAUUGUUGGGAUGUCUGCAGAUCCUUCCUCUCCCCUCUACUGUUGGGAUGUCUGCAGAUCCUUCCUCUUCCCCUCCACCCUGCUGUUGGGGUGUCUGCAGAUCCUUUCUCUCCCCUCUACUGUUGGGAUGUCUGCAGAUCCUUCCUCUCUCCUCUAUUUUUGGGAUGUCUGCAGAUCCUUCCUCUCCCCUCUACUGUUGGGAUGUCUGUAGAUCCUUCCUCUCUCCUCUAUUGUUGGGAUGUCUGCAGAUCCUUCCUCUCCCCUCUACUGUUGGGAUGUCUGUAGAUCCUUCCUCUCUCCUCUAUUGUUGGGAUGUCUGCAGAUCCUUCCUCUCCCCUCUACUGUUGGGAUGUCUGCAGAUCCUUCCUCUUCCUCCCCACCCUGCUGUUGGGGUGUCUGCAGAUCCUUCCUCUCUCCUCUAUUGUUGGGAUGUCCGCAGAUCCUUCCUCUCCCCUCUACUGUUGGGGUGUCUGCAGAUCCUUCCUCUCCCCUCCACUGUUGGGGUGUCUGCAGAUCCUUCCUCUCCCCUCCACUGUUGGGGUGUCUGCAGAUCCUUCCUCUUCCUCCCCACCCUGCUGUUGGGGUGUCUGCAGAUCCUUCCUCUUCCCCUCUACUGUUGGGGUGUCUGCAGAUCCUUCCUCUUCCCCUCUACAGUUGGGAUGUCUGCAGAUCCUUCCUCUUCCCCUCUACCCUACUGUUGGGGUAUCCUUCCUCUCCCUUUAUUCCCUUCCUGCUCUUCCUUCGGCCCAGCCCCCAGCUCCUCCACUUCGCUUGCACAGCAGCUGGCGGAGCGGAGUGCGUGUAUGCGCGCGCGUGUUGGGGGGGGGGAAGUGCUGUGCGUGCGAUUUGUUUUCCAACUGGCUGAAUGUGAUGAAUCACAUUUUCCUUUUGGGCAGAAGGAAGGCAGCCAUGGACGGGGGGGGGGGGGGGGAGGGAGGGAAUUGCGGGGAGCAAAGCUUGCCAAGCCAGAGAGGAACGGAAGGACUAUUUCUUCCUUUUUUUUUUCUUUCUUUCUUUCUUUUUUUUUCUGGGUCCCACCUCAGAAAGAUGGAAGGGCCCCAGACAGCACGCACGAAGAGGGCACCCUGUUUGGAAAAAAUGGCGGGGAAAGGGGUAGGGGCUUAAAUCAAUAGAUUUGCCCUCUCUGGUGCCCAGCAGCAAAAAAACAAAAAAAAAACCCUCCUCUCCUCUCCUCCCCCUCCCCAACACCCCCCUCCUCCCCCAUCCCCCCACCCUCCCAGUAUAAAUGACCAAGGUUCAGCAAUAGGCAAUUUCAUCUAUACAUGUAAUAAUGUUCUCUCUCUCUUUUUUUUUUUUUUAAAAAAAGUCGUGUUACGUUCUGUUUUUUUUUUUUUUCAAAAUGGGUGGCCUAGUUUAAAAUAAUAAUAACGGGGCAGAUCUCCCCAAGGAAAAGUCUGCAAGAUGUGGGGCGGGGCGGGGGGGAGAGGCUGGAACUGUGGGUCCCAGGAGAAAAGAGAAGGCCGGAUAAAGACGCUUUGUCGUGGACCAACUGAAGUUUGCGUUGCACAAAACUCAGCCGUGGAGACUCCCAAUCUCCCCAAAACGAGCACCCCCUCCUUGUCUUCCCUUUCUGGCCCCUCCAGGUGAAAAUUUUUCAACUCUUCCUUCCUCCGCGAUUCAAAAUAUCAACACGCUCUCGCCCGCACCCUCUUCCCCGAUUUUGAUCGGAGGGGACGGUGUUCCCCAAAGGACCAAAAACGAGCACAUUUUAUUGUACAAUUAUUUGCGGAAGGAAGAAAUCACCCAAAGCGUUCUUAAGAUUAAAUUCUCACCGGUGAUUCUCCCUGUAAAUUUUUUUUAUUUUAGAUCCAUUUCCCCCACCCACCCCUUUUUUUUUUUUUUAGGAAGAUGGAGGAGGGGAAUAUCCAGAAGGUUGCCAAAGGCCCUGCUGCCUGGUGGAUGAUAGGAGUUGUAGUCCCAACCCCGGCCUAAAUGUCGUAGCUUCGUUUGUGGUGGCAUAACCAUCUUCCAAAUUUAACUUUUUUUGUGUAUGUCCCCCCUCCCCGUUCCCGCUGCAGGGAAGUCUCCAGAGGACCCCCCCUCUCCUCCGUGUUUUUUCCUGGCCUGCCGUUGCCACAGCAUCAUCCCAGGCGUCGCGAUGUACAUUCCCAUCGUUUGUGGAGUGACACGACCUGUGUGAUUGUUUUCUGCAACCCUGUGAAAGACACCCCCUCCCCAAGCUUAGUCUGGGUGGGGGCAUUGCCACUCCUCUUUGGUGGAGGGGGGGGAACCCUUCCAGAUAAACCAGUCCCCCCACCUCCGCAGCUUUGGCUGUGAUCCAUGGCACGCACAGGUCCGCCGCGAAGUUCCCUGGACAGUACACUGUGUAGAAUUCCCAGUGUAGAAUCCAACCGAAGAGUUGGAGUUCGGGCCCCAGGACCGCAACCUUUGAACCCUGUUCCACCUGCAAAAUUGGGAAGCCACGGUGCUGGAGGGGGUUCCCACCUGCCUUCCCCCCCCCUGCUUCUGCGGUGGCUGGCUCCAGGGAUCACCGCCGUGGAAAAAAAUCCCUUCCCACGCGAGGGAUGCUAUUGUUUCCCCCGACGCUGCAACUCUUUGCCGCACUCCGGCACGCCAGAGUUUGCGUGCACACAUGCAGAUGACGGGCAUGCGGUCCUCCCUGCUUUGCGGCUGUAGCCGAGUCGCGCCACACCACGCACAUUUCUGCCCAUCCUUUCCCUUUCCUGACACCGAGACCCGUGGCCCCCUCCUCUCCUUUUCUGCCACGAUGAGACUUCUCCCUCUCCCCCCACCUCCCCCCGUUGUCUUGCCAGCCCUUCAUGCUUCCGACAUCCGAUUCAUUCGACAUCCGAUGCAUUCGACAUCCGAUGCAUUUGGUGGUUGACAGCAAGCUGCGCUGUGCUGCAGCGGGAUUCUCAUGCACAUUUCCCGUCCUCUAGCAGGCGCACAGCCCCUUCCACGCUCUUCCUCUCUCCCCCUUGAAGGGUGUGGUACCCAGGGCUGGCAUUUUGGAAUAUGUUAGGGUACUGCCCUUCUUCAAUUUUCUCCUGGGAUUUUUUUUGGUGGGGGGGUCUUGUCCAGGGCAUAACUCUUGCUUGCAGAUCUGGUGUGCAGAGGCCUCCCAACUAGCUAGGUUACAGCACACGAGGGAGCAGGGGUCUUCCCAAUCUCGGACCCCAGUGGGUUUUGGAGCGAGGGAGGGGGUCUGCAUUUCCAGCAGUGCCCCCCUUGAUCGCAUCCUGAGAUGGGAGGGCAAGGGUGACGGGGGCCGGGCGGAGGGAGAGCACGCGCCAAAGGUAUUUUGGAUGGUUUCCCCCCCCUCCGCCAGGGCAGGAGGCUCUGGGUUCUUGGGGGGGGGGCAUUGGGGGCAGAAGGGGGAAGUCGCUGACAUGUACAUAGUGGUCUUUUGCACUUUGUCACCGGGGGGGCUCCGGUGAUCGUUGACCGUUUGCUACUGAAUGUAACUCGUCUUUAUUUUUUAUUUUUUAGAAAGCACCUCUAGGUAGUUUUAUGGCACUUUAGAUAUUUACUGAAAACUGUUUAAGGAAACUACAGAAAAGCAAAAAAAAAUAAAUAAAAUACAAUAAGAGAGAGGGCGCGCGCGAGAAAGAGAGAGAGAGACGGAGAGAGAGAGGAAAAACAAUAUCGAGAGUUAGGCGAGAGAGAGAGAGAGAAAACGCGAGAAAGCAGGAAAAGACCAACCGUUUCAAAAUCACGUCGGUCAUAGUCCCGAGGACAAACCAUCGUUUUUUUUCUGCCGCUUUUUUCCCGGUCUCUGUUCCAAAAUUGUGACAGUGUUGAGGAAUCCGUUAGACAAUUACCGUAUUUAUCUUUCUGCAUCUUUGUGUGUAACUCAAAUAACUUCUUCAGAAUAAAACAACAAUUAUAUGUU